GACGCAGAAAAGACAUACUGACGGAAAGAGGUGGGGCAACACUCUGUGGCCAUCCACACAAGUAAUAGUGACUAAGUAGAUUCCCUCAAGUACUGGACUGAAGAACAGUUUUGAGCAUUUUAAGGACAAUGUGGUUGGUCCUUCUUACAUAUCAACUUGCCACACUCCUUCUCGCCCAAGCUCGAAAUGCCUGCGUUGGACACUCCACAUUCAGAAGUCCAGCUAACUCAGACAUCAAGGUCCUCUGUGGCUCUCAAACAGUGGACCUUCAGAUCCUGUUGUGUCCCAUCUAUUUCAAUGGAUACAACGAGUCUCUGCUGGCCCUCAACUCAGAGCACUCCAAGCACCAGUGUAAAGGGACUCCUGACUGGGCAGUGGACCCACCUGUUGUUAAAUUCAACUUCUCCAUCACAGAGGAGGCCAUCACUGCCUGCUCCAGCAAGCUGACAGUCACUCAGGAGGUGGGAACUGGACUGUUUGCAGACUUCUCCCAUUUCCAGUACAUCAACAUCUCAGGCAUGAUUUGCUCAGAGGACCCAAGCACAGGAGCCAUUACCUAUCACCAAGAGGUGAUGUACAGGUUCUCCUGCCGAUACCCCCUGCAGUACCUGAUCAACAAUACUCAGAUGAGCGUGUCUGGGGUCAGUCUGGCAGUCAAAGACAAUAAUGGGAGUUUCAUCAGCACACUGAGCAUGCGACUCUACUCGGACAAUAGCUACUCUUCCAUGCUACAGAUCCCCCCAGGAGGCCUGGAGCUAAAGACCAGGAUCUUUGUAGAAGUGAAGGCAUCGAACCUCACCAACAGAUUCAACGUGCUCCUGGACCGAUGUUAUGCCACAGUCUCACCUCUCCCUAUUAACACCACAUAUCAUGAUCUCUUUGUUGGGUGUGACCGGGAUGGCCAGACAGUAAUGGGAGUCAAUGGAGAGCAGCAAGCAGCACGCUUCUCCUUUGAGGCUUUCCGCUUUGUCCAAAACACAGAUGCUACUCUCUCCACCUACUAUGUACACUGUGUCACCAGGCUCUGUGUAAACUCCUUCUGCCCCAAUGUCAUUCAGAACUGCACCACCGGCACCAACUUGCAGAGGCGCCGCAGCAUCAGGAAAAAUGAGGGCACCACAGUGAGUGACAUGGCAACCAUCAGUUCAGGCCCCAUCACUACCCGCUUAGAUAACGGUGAGAACCUGAAUGGCUAUCUGCUGGCAUCUGGAGGCAUUCAGCAGACUCAUAUAAAUAGUACCUUGCUGGCCGUUUCAGUCGUAGCAGGCAUUGCCGGAGCCAUCUGCCUUACUUUGGUGGCUUUCGUUGUUUACCAGAUGUACAACUCCAAUAUCAUUUUAAACAAGUAA